UUCAAACAUAGACUUUUCGUAGGAGAUUAGGUUCUUUAACAAUUUCUGCACACAUCACUUGGUAUUGACUUCACGCAGAUGACGUGUCGCACAUCUGAGUCUUGAUCAUAGUAUUUAUAUAUUAUUGGUGUCUGCUCCAAAUUUGUUUACUCACUGUCACUGGCGAAGGAUUUUUAGUGUAUCUGAAAGAGAGUGUACACUUUUGUAUCAGAAUCGCGCAGGAAGAGUUCAACUAUGGUGCUAUUUCUAUUGUUGAAUAAUAACAUGUUGAUAUUACAAUAAUCCUAUGGUGUAAGACCAUAUGUUCUCAUCUCUAAUUAAUGUGUUUUUCUUCCUUUAAUCAAAUUGUGAGAAUGUUUCUCCAAUUCUGGUUCUGUCCUUUUCAAUAUGAGAUACUGCGAAUGUCAAUGGAAAGAAUUGUACCUUCCACAUAUAAAAUGAGUUGUUUCUCAUGAAAAAUAUACACUAAUCCUGGCAUGGAUUCUCGUUGGUUUUUGAUCUCUCUGGUUUUUUUGCUAUGCACUAGUCUAUCUACAUCAGCUGAUGUUUUUAUCAGCAUUGACUGUGGAUCAUCAUUCCCGUACAGAGACGGAAAUGGGAUUGCUUGGGUGGGGGACGAUGAAUACGUGCAGAGUGGUGAAUCCCGUUCUGUCAAACCACUAAAUUCCUGGUCCCACGUAGCGGACACUCUGAGGGUGUUCACUACUCGGACCAAGAACUGCUACCACAUCAACUCUGUGAAGAAGGGGCGUGUCCUUGUGCGUGCUAGUUUUUACUACGGGAACUACGAUGGCAAGUCUUUGCCUCCCACAUUUGCUAUCCACUUCGAUGGGAACUUCUGGGAUACAGUCCAGACGUCAAGUUCACAGUUCUACUACUAUGAGGUGACUUAUGUAUUGAAGAGGGACUUCAUUAGCGUCUGUCUUGCUCAGACAGAACCAGACCAGUUCCCCUUCAUAUCAACUCUUGAAGUACGCAGUUUGGAGUCGUAUAUGUAUAACCAUGUCGAUGACAGUUAUCCGUUGUUCGUGUGGAGAAGGGUUGCUUUCGGCUCAAAGAAGCCUAUAUUGUACCCUGAUGAUCCCUAUGACAGACUAUGGAAUGUUGCACUCUAUGGGAAUGGGUCGAUCCCAGUUUCAGGUGAUGCAAUCUUUGGUGAGCAGAUAUUGUUACUUGAUAAACCACCACCUGCGGUUCUCAGGAAUGCAAUCACUGCAACAACCCCAAAUGCAAGCAUAGAGUUGUUGAUGGGAUUCCCUUCUUAUGAAAUUAAUGUUUACAUAAACUGGUACUUCUCAGAAGUUACUCGGUUAGGAGCAGGCCAGAAUCGGUCUUUCAGAAUUUUCAAGGAUAACAAGUCCUACUCAGAACCAAUCUUGCCUCCGUAUGGGAAUUGUGUUGAGAUGUGGGUCAGUGAAAUUACAGUUUCAUCAAAUACCACGUUUUCUCUUGUGCCUACCAAUGUUUCUACACUUCCCCCACUCAUUAAUGCUUUGGAAAUAUUUCGAAUCCCAGUUGACAAGUUAACUGAUGGUACCAACAAUAAAGAUGUUGAAGGCUUAGCUUCUCUUCAAGAGAGAUUUAGCUCGUUACAAAGUUGGACAGGCGAUCCUUGUCUUCCAGCAAAUUAUACAUGGGAUUGGAUCAAAUGCAAUCUUGCUCCUAUUCCGCGAGUAACAGCGCUGCUUCUCAAUGGCUACAACUUGUCAGGGUUGCUUCCAGAUUUCAGUUCCAUGGAUGCUCUACAAACAAUCGAUGUUCAGAACAACAGCUUGCGAGGGCCUAUACCUGAUUUUCUUGGGAAAUUACCCAGCCUCAAAAUAUUGAAUCUUGCGGAUAAUCAGUUCAACGGUAGUGUGCCAGCCUCCCUUAGAACAAAACAGGGACUAAAGUUAACGGUGUCUGGGAAUCCUGGGCUGUGUACAUCAUGCGACAUUGUAGCAGCACCUCCACCAGAUGGAAACUCGUCAAUCCAGAAGAAGAAGAACAUUCCAGCGUUACUGUUUUCCGUCAUCACGGCCUCUAUCGUUAUACUUUAAUCGAGGGAGAUUUGUUGUGUGAGCAAAUGCGCAUUCAGUUUGUGUGUGUGACGAAUUAAGAAUAAAUGUUGUGGAAAAUGAAUGUCUAAGUCAUCAAAAUGUUUCCCUUUCCUAGUAACAGUUGUCGUGAAAUACUGUAAGUAGACUAUCAUGAUUAUGUAAUCACAUCCACUUGUUAGAAGCACUGCAUAAGAAUUUACUCAGUCUCUCAAAUUUGUUCACCUAACCAUUUAAUUUGGCUUUUCAUAUCGAUAAUUUACAAACUUGAGGAGUCCAGUUGUUUA